AUGACUGAGAAAAACCCAGAACGCACAAAACCGUACCUGUUGCUCAACAUAUGGGGAGUCCUGUUGGCACUCAAAGCCUUGCUUCUGAUUGGCUACCACUCCACGGACUUUGACGUCCACCGCAAUUGGCUAGCCAUCACCCACAACCUUCCAGUGGCUCAAUGGUACCUUGAGAAAACGUCCCAGUGGACCUUGGACUACCCGCCGCUUUUCGCCUACUACGAGUGCUUUUUGCUGUACUUGGUGCCCAAACUCGUCCGGGACGACGGCGCCUUGGCAAUUGUCGAAAUGGGCUUGUACAGUCUCCCGACGGUCAUCUUUCAGAGACUCAGCGUGGUUGUUUCAGAGGUGGUGUUGUUUUUGGCGUUGCAGUGGUACGUCAGCAGCACCAAGCUGAACCAGGCGGCCGCAAGGGCGUUUGUGGUGGCGCUGAGUUUGGUUUUAUCGCCUGGUUUGUUGAUUAUCGACCAUAUCCACUUUCAGUAUAAUGGUGUGCUUUACGGCUUCUUGGUUCUUAUGAUCAAUUGUGCCCGUUUGGAGAAGUUCUUGUGGUGUGGCUUCUGGUUCAGCGUUCUUCUUUGCUUCAAGCACAUCUACUUGUACUUGGCACCAGCGGUGUUUGUGUACUUGCUCAGGGCAUACUGCUUGAACUUGAACUACGACAGAAAGAAGAGCUUUGCCCAUAACGCCGUGCGGUUGGUGAGAUGGCGCAAUUUGUUCAAAUUGGGCUCGGUGGUUAUUGGCGUGUUUACCGUCGCUUUUGGCCCUUUCAUCUACUACCAUGUCAUUCCAGAGAUGCUCGAGAGGCUCUUUCCGUUCAGCAGAGGCCUUACCCAUGCGUACUGGGCGCCAAACGUAUGGGCACUCUACUCCUUCCUUGACAGAGUGCUUAUCCAGAUUUACAAGAGGGUCCCGCUUUCCAGAAUCCCACUUCAACGCAUUCUUCAGUUCGACCCUUCCCUCCUCAACAACAAAAAGCUCCUUCUGUCCACAACCAGAGGUAUUGUGGGCGACAUUGAGUUCUUGGUUUUGCCUACAAUCACACCACAGCUCACCUUCUUGCUCACCCUCUUCUACCAGGUCAUGGCGCUCAUUCCACUUUUCCUUCAGCCUACUUUUGAGAGAUUCAUUGGCGCUUUGACCUUGUGCGGCUACGCUUCUUUCCUUUUCGGCUGGCACGUUCACGAAAAAGCCGUGUUGAUCAUCAUUUUCCCAAUUUCCUUCCUCGUUACCAGAGACAAGCGUCUUUUGAGCAGCUUCAACCUCCUCGCUGCAUGCGGUUACGUAUCCUUGUUCCCGCUUAUCUUCACCUGCGAGGAAUGGCUCAUCAAGGUGGUCUUCACGCUUCUCUGGUUCAUCAUCUUCUACUUCCACUUCAGGAAAGUGGUCCGUGUGCCUAGCCAUUUAGCUCAGCAGUCAGGCUACAUGGUUGAACGAGUCAGCAAUCUCUAUGUGUUGGGCCUUUUACCGGUGGUUUUUUUCACCAGCAUGAUCGACCUCUUCCAGCACAAAUUCGAGAUUCUUCGCCAGCUCGAGUUUCUCAAACUCAUGAUCUAUAGCGUCUACUGCGGCUUCGGAGUUAUCAGCUCGUGGAACACUUUCAAUUGGCUAUACUUUGUGGAUGAGACAAUCUGGGACCCUCUCAGCUAG